AUCUGGUCCAUGGAAAGUACUUUUUACUACAAGUGCCACACGUCAAAACCACACAGUUAUAUUUCUGUUUGUUUUAGACAACACUGAUUUCAAAAUGGGCUCCAUCAGUGCAGCAAAUGCAGAAUUUUGUUUUGAUGUAUUCAAUGAGCUGAAAGACCAGCACGCAAAUGUGAACAUGUUGUAUUCCCCCCUGAGCAUCAUUGCAGCCUUGGCCAUGGUCUAUAUGGGAGCAAGAGGCAACACUGAGUACCAGAUGGAAAAGGCUCUUCACUUUGACAGCAUUGCAGGACUUGGAGGAAGCAUUCAGACAAAGGUACAGAAACCUAAGUGUGGCAAAUCUGUGAACAUGCACAUGCUGUUUAAAGAACUUCUUUCUGAUAUUACCACAUCAAAAGCCAAUUCUUCACUCCGCAUUGCCAACAGACUCUAUGCAGAAAAGUCACGUCCUAUCCUACCGGCUUACCUGAAAUGUGUGAAGAAACUGUACAGAUCAGGUCUGGAAACAGUGAACUUCAAAACAGCAUCAGACCAAGCCAGACAGCUCAUUAACUCCUGGGUGGAAAAGCAGACAGAAGGACAGAUCAAAGAUUUGCUUGUAUCAAGCUCCACUGAUCUUAAUACAACGCUAGUCCUUGUUAACGCCAUUUACUUCAAGGGGAUGUGGAAGACAGCAUUUAAUGCAGAAGAUACUCAAGAAAUGUCCUUCAACAUAACAAAGCAAGAAAGCAUACCUGUGCAAAUGAUGUGUCUGAACAAUACUUUUAAUGUGGCCACAUUGCCUGAGGAGAAAAUGAAGAUCCUGGAGCUCCCAUACGCCAGCGGAGAGCUGACCAUGUUGGUGCUGUUGCCUGAUGAGGUUUCUGGCCUGGAGCGGAUUGAGAAGACAAUUAACUUUGAAAAACUCAAUGAGUGGACCAAUCCCAAUAACAUGGAGAAGAGGAGAGUGAAAGUGUACCUGCCCCGAAUGAAGAUUGAGGAAAAAUAUAACCUCACAUCUGUCUUAAUGGCAUUGGGAAUGACCGACCUGUUCAGCCAUUCAGCCAAUCUGACUGGCAUCUCUUCAGCAGAGAGCUUGAAGAUAUCCCAGGCUGUGCAUGGAGCCUUCAUGGAACUCAGUGAAGACGGCACUGAGGUGGCAGGCUCUGCAGAGAUGACAGAAGACAUCAAGCAUUCCCCUGAGUUAGAAGAGUUUAGGGCUGCCCACCCAUUCCUCUUUUUGAUCAAACACAAUCCAACCAACACUAUUGUCUAUUUUGGCAGAUAUUGGUCUCCCUAAAGAGAGGAAGAGAUGGCAAUAACACAUACCUUCCCCUCAGAAACAAAAUCUCCUUACUGUAGUGCUACAGCAUAAUCUUAUCUCUUCCAUAGAAAAGACAUACCCACAGGAGAGGACACAGCACCAAGCACACUUCCCUUCCUAUAAUGAUUUCAGAAUGGCUUGAUAUGAGCAGAACUGAGCCAACAAGCUGGUAAGAACGAAGACACUUAGCAGCCAUGAAGGUGACAAGUGAUUUUCACCCAAGGAAUAAAUAGUAAGAAUGAGCCUAAGUCCUUGGGAGCUCGUUACACAGAAAGCAAUGAGCUUUGCUCAUCCCUUUCCCUGGUAACAUACCGCUAACAAAACAAUGUUACCAUUCUUGAAACAUGGGCUUUGAGAUCUCUAGUCUAGAGGGGAUGUUUAAUAUUAUGGCUUAAUAUUAUAUUCUGUUUUCCUUCUAAUAAUCCAUUAAUGAUUUAGAUGCAUACAAUUGAUUUUGUUUUGGCUAACAUAAUAAAAGAAAACAAC